GAGUCGGGAGCCCACCUCGGAUUAUGAUGCUCAAAUUUGCUCCGUGAGGAAGAGGCGAGGGAAGAUUGAAGGCGAAAUCUGAGGCCAUUGUUAUCUGCGAGCAGGGCGUACCAGUCGACAGUGCGGCCAGAAGCAGCGCUGCCUGUCCAUUUACAGCCCCCCUCGCAUACCUCAGAUCUUUCAUGCUAGACCGUCUCCCCCUUUCGCGAAACGAGGGGAAUCGUCCAGCAGCGCCCGCACUCUGGCGCGGGGGCAGCCGUGCUCGAGAUACCCGGUGUAUGACGCGCGCAGUCUAUCCGGAAUACCGAAACUGGUAUGAGCUUUGGGCUUUUUUAUUGAUUGCAGCGUGGCCGAAUGUGGAAAAUAUGAUGCCUGCCCGUGCGUCUUUCGUCAGAGGCUAAGGUCAGCAUCCAAGGGGCCAUUGGAAAGAGACCGUCACGUGACAUCUUGUGCCAAUGUUCUUCCAGAAGGUCGUCAGGACCCUGGUAGCCAGUAACUCGACUUUUGGAAAUGCAGAAAACGACCUACUACGACAACUCAACACUUUUUGGAGGUUAUUCGUACCAGGGUGCAAACGGUUUUGGCUAUGAUGCCCCGGCACCAGCCUUCCAGAGCUCAGCACAUCUUGAGGGUGACUACCAAAGCUCUGCAUGCUCCCUACAGUCGCUCGGCACCAGUGCACCCCCACAGCCUCAGCAUGGCAAGACGAAAGAGCUUAACGGCAGCUGCAUGCGGCCCAGCCUGCCACCUGAACACAACCCACCCCCCCAGGUUUCCCCACCUCAGAACCCUAUAAAUGUUGCUGCAUCUAAUGCCACCCAGCAGCCAGGUGGUAGCAGCAAUGGUGGUGGGGCUGGCAGUGGGGGAACAGCCAAACCGUCAUCCAAGUCAUCCUCUCUAGCCCCAAACCCAGCCCUCACCAAGCAAAUCUUUCCUUGGAUGAAGGAGUCACGUCAGAACACCAAGCAAAAAAACAGCUCCCCCAGUGCAAGCUCUGUUAACGCGGAGAGCAGCGGUGGUGAGAAAAGCCCUCCGGGUUCUGCAGCUUCAAAGAGAGCACGCACGGCUUACACCAGCGCACAGCUGGUGGAGCUUGAGAAGGAAUUUCACUUCAACCGAUACCUGUGCCGGCCACGGCGUGUGGAAAUGGCUAAUCUGCUCAAUCUCAGUGAGCGGCAGAUCAAGAUUUGGUUCCAGAACAGGCGGAUGAAGUACAAAAAAGAUCAAAAGUCAAAAGGCAUGGGCUCAUCCUCAGGUGGGCCAUCCCCAACAGGAAGUCCCCCUCUUCCGAUGCAGUCUUCAGCUAGUUUCAUGAACUCCAUGCACUCGAUGGGCAGUUAUGAUGCUCCAUCCCCGCCAUCUUUCAACAAGCCCCAUCAAAAUGCAUAUGCCAUGUCAACAGCCUAUCAGAACCCAAUGAAGGGUUGCCCACCACAACAAAAGUAUGGAAACACUGCUCCGGAUUAUGACCCACAUGGGCUACAGAGUAACAGUGGCACCUAUGGGACACCAAACAUGCAGAGUAGCCCUGUGUAUGUAGGAGGCAGCUAUGUUGAUGCCAUGCCUGCCACUGGGCCUUCUAUGUAUGGCCUCAAUCACCUACCACACCACCAGUCGGCUAGUAUGGACUACAAUGGAGCCGCACAGAUGUCUGCGAACCAGCACCAUGGACCGUGUGACCCACAUCCGACAUACACGGAUCUGUCUGCGCACCAUCCUUCUCAGGGUAGAAUCCAAGAAGCACCCAAGUUGACUCAUCUGUAGCAGGUUUGGACAUAAAAAAAGAAAGAAAAAAUUAAAGGAAGACAAACAAAACAGACUAACCCAUGGGGCGAUGCAAUGGGGUUGAAUAAGAUGAUCCAGUGGUUUCUUGCCAUAAUUAGAAGACCAAUUUGUGUCAAUGUUGUCCUUUCUUUCAUAUGUGAACAUACCAAUUUUACACGAAUUUAGAAUCCAUAGGUCUAAACACUCCUUUAAAGUGAAAAGAUUCAUGAUACGUGCAUAAAAAUGGCUAGUUUAUGCCAAGGAAUAGAUUUUCUAGCUGUAUGACCUCAUUACAUCAUUGUAAAAGCUUUUUGUAUUUUCUUCAGCAUUGUUGCUGCAUUCUUCACACUUAGGUCCUUUAAAGGCUGGUGUGGUAAAGCCUACAUUUAAAGUUACUGCAGGUGCAAGAAAACCACUGGAUUGUUUUCGUCCACUACCCUUAUUUUACAUACCUCUUCUUUUUAAACGUCUAACUAAACAGUCAGUCUCCUAUGAACUUGUUCCCCAAACAACAGCAAACUGUGCCUUUUCUUUAGCAAGACACAGUGAUCAAGAUAUUCAAUUCUUUACCUGUUAUAAAGGGUUCAAGUCAGUUCAAACUAUGCUCCCGACCCCUAGUAUUUAUUAGUACGUAUAAAUUUGUAAUGGCUUUGAAACAGGGUAAAAAAAUACAAAAAAUAGUUGAGAAUUCUAGUAAAUUCAAGCCCCUCCCCCUCCCUCUCCUCAUACAAUUUUCCCAGUUCUCUAUCCUUCCCAAGCUUUGGGUUCGCCUACAAUAGUCUAAACUAAUACGGAAGGCCCAUAUUUUAUCAUGUCUUGACUUAACGUGGAAACAGGGUAUAUUUGAACAAAAAUGCAUGUCCGGGAAGCCGAGCUACGGCGCAGUUUACGCCUACUACGCUCUCGUCUGGGCAUCAUUGUUGCACUUAGUUUACAUUUAAUGGGUGAGGAAGAAAAGUAAAUCUUAUUUUGAAUCGGAAGGCCUUCAAUCAGCGUCUUUCGCUAAGUGUGUUCAAGUGAACAUUCAUAAAUAUAUAUUUAUUUGUUAUAGCCAGUUUAAAUACUUUCUUUUUUGUAUUAUUUAUCCCCAUGUAUUUAUAUCGAUAAAAUGUACUUUUUUUAGUAUCUACCUGUUAUAAAAAGACGUUGUGUUCUUGUCAUUGUAACAAAUUAAUUUUUAGUUCUUGUAUUUUAGAGAUAUGUAGUUUUAUGUUACCCUUGUAUGAAUAAUGUCUUGACUUGUACAGGGGGCGCAAGAACGGAAUCAAACCGUUCCUGCAUAGUCGAGAAUUAGCGAUUAUAGCGAAACAUUUUGAGAACUUCAUUUGUCCUUUGUAACUACUUUUAUUUCCUUGUUAAGAGUUGGUUGUUGAACAAUUCUUUAAUAAAAUGUUAUGUUAUUCAUUUUCACUCUAGAGAUUCAUGAGUUUACCGAGGUUGUGGGGGUGGGGCAUGGCUGAGUCUGCAAUGGUCACAUGGUGCGAGUCCAAUAGAAUUGCUGAACACCAUUUUUUGUUUAUAAGAUUAAAAUAUGUGAUUACAAAUAAUUCCAAGAAUGAAGCGGAGAGGUAAAAUAUGACAUACAUAUUUUUGUUAAAUUUCGAUAGAUAUGGUUUCAGAUUUGGUUAAGAGCAACUCUAUACUUAUAAACAACAGAGAUGUUACAUGUGGAACCAUGUUUAUUCAUAACAAUAAUAACCACAUAAUAUCAAAUUACAAGAAGAAAAAAAAAUGACAGGAUUUAACCACUAAUACAAAACAGUUUGCAAUUACGGUCUCAGUAGCAUAUGUGCAUCUUGUAUCAAAUGAAACAUUACAAACUGUUAACAUCUAUGCUGCCUUGAUGUUUCAAAAAAGCCCAUGUAAAAACGCUAGCGUUAUCAUCACAGAUAGUCCUCACCAAGCAAGCUUGCUUAUUGCUGUACAAACAAAAUACAGUGAAAAAUCUCAUUAUAUCAUGCAGUGUAAAAACAUGAGGUAUGACACAGUCUAAUGUUGUAAAAUUGUUUCAUGCAUUCCUGGAAGAAUUAAUUUGUAGGUAAUAGAUAGAUAGAUAGAUAGAUAGAUAGAUAGAUAGAUAGAUAGAUAGAUAGAUAGAUAGAUAGAUAGAUAGAUAGAUAGAUAGAUAGAUAGAUAGAUAGAUAGAUAGAUAGAUAGAUAGAUAGAUAGAUAGAUAUGUGGAUAAAUGGAUGGAUAUAUGGAUAGAUGGAUGGAUAGAUCUUAAAAAAAUAUUAAAACCGCUGUCCUCGGAUAAUACACAUCCCUUUGUUAAGUCCCAGAACAUCAUCAUUAUUAUUUUCUAGUGAAAAACAUCCAGAUGCAAAAAUAAAAAUACAAUCACUUGUUCAUCAAUUCAUGUAAGUACUGAGCGAAAUAUAAACACAUAAAAACACUCAAACAAGAAAUAAAAAAGAGAUUAUCAUUGCGUCCCAGUCUCUCGCAGUCAACUCUGUUCUGAAGUGGAGAAGGGCCUUGCAGAUUGACCUUUUCCCGAAGUGCCCACGGCCUACAGCGGGCUUUGUAUUUGCCUUAUAAUGCCAAGACACCCACACACGGUUAUAGCUGUUUCCACUUUUCUUUUAGGCAUGAAAAAAAAGACAAAACGGACCUCGUGUUUUACAAAUGCGAACUAAUGUUGUGACGUUUAUUACAGCGUGCCAGCUGCAACACAGUUUAGUUUUAACAUCUGUCGUGCAUAAUCCUGUCAAUACGAAGCGCCAAUAGAAUAUAUCCAUUGCUGUAAAACUUAAUUCUGGAAAAAUCCACAAAUCUGCAGAAUAAUGGGGGUUUUCUUUGUUGUGAUCUUGAAGGAAAAAAUGCGAAUUCUUGAGGGUGGCUGCUGUCAAGCGCUUUGCCGGCGAAAAGAUUGAUCACUCUUGCUGCCUCUCCACUCCUGCUCUAAAAAUAUCUACCCCCUUUUCCUAUUCGUUUUCAACUUUGACGCAACCAAUUUAGUCCAGUUUUUCAUCAACUAAAAUUAUAUUCUUGGUUACUUCGUCCAAUCAGCAAAUAAAUGCAUUUAUAAACGAACACACGGAAUUGGUGAUUUCUAUUCGUAAACGCGACCUCACGAGUCACGAUUAAUUUUGGCUAUUCAUACAUUUUUAACAAACUAAGCGUCUCUCUCUCUCUCUCUCUCUCUCUCUCUCUCUCUCUCUCUCUCCAUCUCUCUCUCACACACACACGCGCGCGCGCGCACACACACAACUC